AUGGAAGACGAUGAGAUAAGAGAUUCAAUGAUGAACUCCAAGAACACGCCCGAGUCACGAGUUCCAUCACUGGAUAAAGUUCUAUUGGGCGUGUCAGGUGCUCCGUUAUCACAAUAUAAUUUCUAUUGUUACUUACGAGAACAUUGGCAAGCGGAAGAUAAUCUUAAUUUUUGGUUGGAUGUUGCAAAUCAUGAGAAUUUAUGGGGAACUUGGCUGGAAAAUGAAAGAAGGAAAAAGGAAAGAGAACUUCACUAUCGAUUCACAGAGAUCACGGUAACUCCAACGAAUGAUUCCCAAGUUCAAGCGUUAUCCUUAAAUAAUAUAUCAUCAAACGUAACAUCAGAUGAGGACGCGUCAGUAGGACAGCCAGGAUAUCGAAGACAGAUAAACGAAGAUGAUUUACACAAAUCAGCAAAACAAAUCUAUCGUAAAUACGCGAAUUUAAACAUUUUCCCUCAGGAACAUCGAACCACAAUGCAAGAUUUAAUAAUGCGCCAAGGACGACACAAUCCUGUGGUGUUUGCCAGUUCAAAAGCUUACGUGUAUCACAUAAUGAAUGUGAUUUAUUUCCCAAAGUUUGUCGAAUCCGCCACCGAUAUAAAUCUCUCACAAAUUAGUGCGAUAAUUGCGCUGCCACUCGGAAUGAUUUGUCUCACCUUUGGUAUCGCAUUGGAGUUGUAUUAUAUUUUCAUGGCUUGGGAAGGUCGGAUGAUCAGGAUUUGGGGUUUUUUCCCUCUUUGGUUGGGUUGGGUGCUGUUACAGACUGCUAUCACGAGAUUUUUGCCCCCGUUAAUUUUGUUUGGCGUGAGUGAGCACAAAUUAUUUCGAUUUCACCGGAUAAAAGAAAAAGCGAUACUGAAAGCACAUCGAUCGCGUGCUUUUCGAUUCUUUUGUUAUGAUACACUAGUAGCAGUUAUAAGUACAGGAAUAUUAAUAGCGGCACCUCCAAUCCCUCUAACUAGCCCUUCAUAA